AUGGCGGCAAACUCAAAAGUAAUCAUCGUGACCGGCGCUUCGCGAGGCAUUGGUCUCGCAGUGGCACAUUAUCUACUCAAGAACGCCCACAAAGUCGUGGUAGUCGCACGCAGCGAAGCUCCAUUGCGGGAACUCGAGAAGCAAUACCCAAACGAUCAAGUCGAUGUAUUGACCGGUGACCUCGCCGACUUCACUCUGGGCGCACGAGCUGUGGACCAAGCCACAAAGCGAUGGAACCGGCUCGAUGCUGUCAUUAUCAACCAUGGCGUUCUGGACCCCGUGAGAAGAAUCGCAGACAGCACGAUAGAAGACUGGCGCGCGGCAUAUGAUGUAAACUUCUUCUCCUACGUCGCCCUCGCCAAGGCUGCUAUCCCUGCUCUUCGCGAUACCCACGGUCGCAUCAUCCUCACGUCCUCCGGGGCUGCGACGAACGGUUAUUCAACAUGGGGAGCUUAUGGGUCAUCUAAGGCAGCGGUCAACCACCUCGCCAAGACGCUCGCCACCGAGGAGAAGCAGAUCACGAGUGUCGCCAUUCGUCCUGGUACGGUCGAUACAGAGAUGCAACGAGACAUUCGCGAAAAGCACAACGGUUUCAUGGAUGCCGGAGAUGCUGCCAAGUUUGCGGAACUCAAGACCUCUGGAACUUUACUCAAGCCGGAACAGCCAGGGCAUGUCAUCGCAAAGCUGGCACUCGACGGGACCCCGGAGCUCAGUGGACAAUUUCUCAAUUGGAACGCAGAGGAGUUGAAGCAGUAUCAAGGCUGA